AAUAUAUAAUCGAAAACGAAAAUCAAAUCCUGCUAAGAGAGAAGGAAGCGCGCCCUUUCUCCGUCACUGUUCCGAAAUCCUCUUCGCCGGAGACCUAGUCCGGUCGGCCGAUCGAUUGGGUGGACGGUUAGUUUUCCGAUGGGGGCUUCUCCUUUCUCGUCCGAAUGCGCGAGUACCAAUGUCGUAACCAGUCUGUUGCUUCUUCCGCUGUGCUUGUUGCUGCUUUCUGCCCCUCCUCAACUGUCUGCACUGAAAGAGGUCAAUGUGAAGAAUCCAGUUGUGGAUUUUACUCCAGUUCCCCUUGCUGGAUUUUCAUCAUCUAGAGAUAUUAUAUCAUGUGAACGUGUUUUAGUUGCUGGUUUAUCAAGAUUGAAACUGUGGAGCUAUUCUAGUGCAUAUCGUGUCACAUUGCUUCCAUCUGCAGCUAUUCCUGAGAGGUUACAUGGAAAAAUUCAUAUUUGCUCUCACAAGAAUUCUUCUCUUGGUUCGUGUCAGUGUGAUAAAGAUGACUGGAAAAUCUUACAAAAAGGGGCGUGGAACUCUGUUAUAUCACCAUACGAGAACAGAUACAUUGAUGUAAAAUACUUUGGCGAUUUUUCUGGUUCCGUCACUGUUACAGUUGAAGAGGAUUCACAAAAGUGGUGUCUGCUUUGUCUUGCUCUGGGCUUGAUUCUAUUGCUAUUGGCUCCAACUGUCAGCCGUUGGGUUCCCUUCUAUUAUAGCAGUUCAAUGAUGAUUGGAGUUUGUCUUGUUAUUAUAAUUCUUCUUUUUCAGGGAAUGAAAUUACUGCCAACUGGCAGGAAGAAUGUGUUCUAUCUAACUAUAUAUGGAUCAGUGCUUGGAGCUGGAUCAUUUUUGCUACAUCAUUUCUCAAUGAUGGUUAAUUCUGUUCUUUUAAAUUUUGGGCUUGAUGAAGAGUUACAUAACCCUGUUUCUGUAUUCCUUCUCGUUGGAAUUAUCCUUGCCGGAGCUGGUUUGGGAUAUUGGCUUGUGAGGAAGUAUGUUGUUUCAGAUAAUGGAGGUGUGGAUGCUGGGGUGGCUCAAUUUGUAAAAUGGGCUAUUCGUGUCGUUGGCAUCACUUUCAUCUUUCAGAGCACAUGGGAUAUUCCUCUUGCUAUGGCUGUUCUUGGUUUCUGGUUCUUGAUUUGCUCUUCUAUCACUUCCAUGAUGGGACGUAGAGCAAGGGGUUCAUCUUAUUCACGAAAUAGGUCUUCUAGUACGGGGAUGAAUAGGCAAAUGAAUAUGACACCAAAGCGUGCUGAGUUCUUUAGGAAGUCACAGGGACCAGGGUCCUAUGGACGCAUGUCUAACAGGCCAAAAAGUUCGUCUCCUUGGUCUGAUCCUGUUAAAGGUCGAGCAGUCCAGUCUAAUAUGUGGGGGAGAAAAAAUGAGCCGGAGGAGUAUUACUCGACCUUCCACAAGACGCCUAACAGGAAGAAAUUCUCGGAAAGAGAGUGGGAGGAGUUCACUCAAGACUCCACUAAGCAGGCGAUCGCGGAGCUAGCAGCUUCAUCUGAAUUCAGUGAUUGGAUCAUACAAAAUGCCAACAGAGUGCAGAUGCUCCCGGAAGAGAGUUCGGAUGAAACAGUCGAGAGCGGGUCGGACUCCACGGACGAGAGCGCUGCAGAGAGUUGCAGCCGGAUCGGCUUGUUCAAGUGGCAGCGGAACAGGUAGCAUGUUAGCCAAGUAGAACUUGUAAUUAUCUUUGUAGCAUGUUGGAAGAUAGGUCUAGUUUUAGGGAUGCACAGAGGCCUUUUUUGUCCCCAAAAGAAAAAAAAUCUUAGAUUCAUAUUAGUAUUGUGUAUGAGUUAAUAUCCAAUUGGGGUCCCUUGACUAUUGUGAUUUACUUGUAGGGGUUUUCUGUUUAAA